GGUUGGGCGCCUCGGCCCCGGCGCUCGCCCCCGGGAAGGCAGCAGGGGCGGUUGAGAAGUGAAGUCUUGGCCAGAGUUUACUUCUUGCCAGGAAAUCCGCGGUGGUGGCAGCGGCGGCGGCGUUUCCUGGCGGAGCGGAGGCCGGCUGGCUCCCCGCUCCCUCAGCGGGCCGCGGAGAGCGGACCUGGCGCUGGGCUGCGGCGCCGGGAGCCGGUGCGCGCCCGGGGCGGCCGCGCUUUCCCAAACAAACCUUGAUUCUAGUCAAAUACAUCACUGCCCAUUAAAGGAAACCAUACCUGAAGUGGAAGUCUAACGUAUGAAGAUACAGAAACUGCUUUGGUUGAUUCAGAAUGGGAACCACAAGUGAUGAGAUGGUGUCUGUGGAGCAGACCUCCUCCUCCUCCUUCAAUCCUCUGUGUUUUGAAUGUGGCCAGCAGCACUGGACAAGAGAGAACCACUUAUACAAUUACCAGAAUGAAGUAGAUGACGACCUGGUCUGCCAUAUUUGCCUUCAGCCUCUGUUGCAGCCACUAGACACCCCCUGUGGACACACGUUCUGCUGCAAGUGCCUCAGAAACUUCUUACAGGAGAAGGAUUUUUGUCCAUUGGACCGGAAAAGACUCCACUUUAAGUUGUGUAAGAAGUCUAGUAUUCUAGUUCAUAAGCUUCUGGACAAAUUAUUAGUGUUAUGUCCAUUUUCUUCAGUGUGCCAAGAUGUCAUGCAACGCUGUGAUCUGGAGGCACAUCUUAAAAACAGAUGUCCUGGAGCUUCUCAUCGGAGACUUGCCCUAGAGAGGAGGAAAACUGGUAAAACUCAGACAGAGAUUGAGAAUGAAAACGGAACCCCUGUAAUAGAUCUACCAGGUACUUUAUCACUUGAAACGGACUGUUCGGGGACAGGCACGGUGCCUGCUGAGCGCAAUUUGACGUCAGCGUCUCUUCCUGUGUGGACUGAGGAGCCUGGCCUGGACAAUCCUGCCUUCGAGGAGAACGCAGCCACUGACACUACACAACAGCCAGUUAGUUUACCGGAAGGCGAAAUUACGACGAUUGAAAUUCACCGGUCUAAUCCUUAUAUUCAGUUAGGAAUUAGCAUUGUGGGCGGCAAUGAAACGCCACUGAUUAACAUUGUUAUCCAGGAAGUCUAUCGGGAUGGGGUAAUCGCCAGAGACGGAAGACUCCUUGCUGGAGAUCAGAUUCUUCAGGUCAACAACUGUAACAUCAGCAAUGUAUCUCACAACUAUGCCAGAGCCGCCCUCUCCCAGCCCUGCACCACGCUGCACCUUACUGUGCUGCGAGAGAGGCGCUUUGGGAACCGGACGUACAGCCACUCCGAUGGAAGCUCUCCACGGGAAGAGGUCUUCCACGUGGUCCUUCACAAACGGGACUCUGGUGAACAGCUUGGCAUUAAACUCGUACGAAGGACCGAUGAGGCAGGCGUUUUUAUUCUUGACCUGUUGGAGGGGGGGCUAGCUGCACAGGACGGAAGGCUGAGCAGCAAUGACCGAGUGCUCGCCAUCAAUGGACAUGACCUGAAGCACGGGACCCCUGAGCUUGCCGCCCAGAUCAUUCAGGCUAGUGGAGAGAGGGUGGAUUUAACAAUUGCUAGACCAGGGAAAUCCCAGCCUGGUAACCCUGUCCGAGACGCAGGAGCUCAGAGUAGCAGCCAGCAUCAUGCACAGCCGCUGUAUAACAACAGACCCAGCUCACAUAAGGAUCUUAGCCAGUGUGUUACGUGCCAAGAAAAACACAUUACGGUAAAGAAGGAACCACACGAGUCCCUGGGAAUGACAGUGGCUGGGGGCCGAGGAAGUAAGAGUGGUGAGCUGCCCAUCUUUGUGACCAGCGUGCCACCUCAUGGCUGCCUUGCACGUGACGGCCGCGUCAGGAGAGGUGAUAUACUGCUGAAUAUCAAUGGCAUUGAUUUGACCAAUUUAAGUCAUAGUGAGGCCGUUGCUAUGCUGAAAGCCAGUGCCGCAUCCCCCGCUGUUGUCCUGAAAGCACUUGAGGUCCAGAUUGUCGAGGAGGCAUCCCAGGCCACUGAAGAGCAGCCCGGCACCUUCAGUGAGAAUGAAUAUGACGCCAGCUGGUCCCCAUCAUGGGUCAUGUGGCUUGGGCUUCCAAGUGCCCUUCAUAGCUGCCAUGAUAUAGUUUUACGAAGAAGCUACUUGGGAAGUUGGGGCUUUAGUAUUGUUGGUGGAUAUGAAGAGAACCACACCAAUCAGCCUUUCUUCAUUAAAACCAUCGUCUUGGGGACUCCUGCUUAUUAUGAUGGAAGAUUAAAAUGUGGAGAUAUGAUCGUAGCCGUCAACGGCCUGUCAACGGUGGGCAUGAGCCACUCCGCACUAGUUCCCAUGUUGAAGGAGCAGAGGAACAAAGUCACUCUGACAGUUACCUGCUGGCCUGGAAGCCUGGUGUAGGAUUUGAAAUCAGUUGUGAGUCGAACAUCUUCCUUUUUUAGGCUUUGGAAAGAAACCCCUUUCGUUGGAUUGUGUUUCUGCUUAGGAGCUACAGACACAGCUGGUGUUUGCAGGGCCCAAAACCACUGAGAUUGUCCUUUUGUUAUUAGUAAAACGGCUUUCCUCCAGUUAGCCACGUUUCUUUUAGCUUGGUCUUCCACUAACCCUUGUAAGCUCGUAUUUUCAAAAUUCAGACUCUCCAUUGUCAGAAUGUGACCUAAAAUAAUGAAAGAAGUGCGCGCAGGCUGCGAUCUAGCCAGCUGGCUUAGAGGACGGGGUGGUCCUUGGUUUUCCCGCCCGAAUCACAGAGUGGGCUCGCGUCCCAGCGCGCGGGCCGGUGGAGCCCGCAGCUGUGCCAUUCGCUGCCCCUGGUGCAGCCGGCGCCACGAACGGAUGAAGAUGUACUUCAGUUUAGCGGUAGCCCUUCCCCAUUUUCUCCCCAUCAGUGCCAACAUUUCAAAACUUCAUACUGUUUAUAAAGUGAUAUUUCUGACUGUUUUGUUUCUCCUUUAAUUUCUUAGUACUCAUAGAUGCUGAAGACAGAAGUCUCACACUACUAAAGAGCUUUUUAAAGAAUAAUGUACCAUUAAUUAGAAUACUAGAUAAUCAAAGGUCACGUUUUCCAUUGACAGAGGCAUUUGGGAAGUAACUAUAGUUUAGUGCUGGAGAUGGUAAAAGCCACACUUGCUUGCAGAAGUCCGGAAGCAUUAAAGAUUCCUUUCCAAAGGAAUGUUUUGUUAUGCAGGGAAAUUUUGAAGCAGAUUUUGCUAAAAUUCAUUUUCUAGAGUCUGUAUUGUACUUAUCAGCAGUCUUGGCUGUACAUGCUUUUUGUGAUUUCUGUAGUUAAACAAGAUAAAACCGUGUUGCUAUUCCACACAUUGAUCUAUAUCGCAGCUCAGUGUAGGAGAAGGUAUACUUUUUUUUUAUUUCAUUCCGAGAAGAGCCUUCAGUGUUUUAGAAAUCCUUAUUUUUUCCCCAUUAUUUCUUGUGAACUUAAUUAUUUCAAGAAAAAGACUGGAAAGGCCUGGAUUUUUAUCUAAAAUAGUAGGUUUUAGAUGUUAAUAUCUUUCAGUCAGUUCUUGGUCACGAGGCUAUUUCUUAUUUUUCUAAAUGCUUUUGAAAACUACAACCAGCCCAUUUUGUUAGUCCUUCAUUCCACUUGAUUGUUCCUUGGAAGAACGCAUAAAGAAGCGAAUAAAAUCAAAAUUUCUUUACCUUCUUAAUAUUAUGCAUACUUGAAAAGAGUUUCACUUAGAAACCUAGCAUGAAUCUGAGCUCCUUUACAAGUGCCCUCUGUAAUAAAUGGUAUUGAUUAUCAGAGAAUGUAUUUCAAAAACACUACAGUAUAUUAUGAAGCAUGACCACUUUAUUUUCAAACUGGCAAUUGUAUUGCUAGGGCUUAUUGUGUCUGUAGCAUGUCACUGAUUAUUCCUGUUAGUUUUUUAGUGAUUUUUUUUUUAAACAUAUCGCUUUUGAAUAAAUAAGAAAUGGCAAUAGUAAUUGCUACUGAUUUGUCCAACCCCUUAGCUACACUGUAUGGUCAACAUAUAACCAAGAUACAGUGGAAUGCCCCAUACAGUAUAUUACUGUUAUGUGAUGAUUGGCUUUUGAAGCAAUUUGGUAUUGAAAUGCUUUGAUAUUCUAAUUGACAUGGAACAAGUUUUUUUUUUCCUGCUCCCCAAAUAGAAAUUUUAUAUCCUACUUUGCUAUUUUUUUAAACAUUUUGUAAGAAUAUGUCAUUCCUUGGGGAGUGGCCAUCCAUCAACAAAUAUCCUAAUGGCUACUUUGUUAUAUAUAAAAUACUUACAUUGAACCUGGGGAUAUAAUGAGUAUUUUGAAAGAAGACACUUUUUUCGACUUUAUUUUUAUCAUGGAAAUCUCAGACUCUGCUUGAACUAAUUUGGUUUUAUUACAAAACAUGAUAGUUUUUGGUCAGAAUGAUAUUUGGUGAUGGAAACUUGUUCAUAAUUUAUUGUUACUGUUGAAAUAUUUGAAUUUUCUCAUCUUAAGCGUAAAUAGUUCAAAUAUUUUGAUUUAUUCUGUGCCUUCGGUUUAAAUUAUUUCAGGAUUUUUCAAAUGUGUUUAAAUAAUGGUGUGAUAAUCAUUUAGGAUGGAAAUAAAAGUCAUCCUUUACAUACUA